AUGUGGCAACAACAGCAGCAGCAACACGAUGAAAAGUUAUUAGUAAAAAUAAAAAACGAACAAAAAAGUGUAUCAUCAAUACGAUUGCCACCUGAAACGUGGCAGACAAUAUUUGCAGAUUUCAAAACGGGAGAUUUAUAUCGAUGCUUAUUAGUUGAUCGACAUUGGUGUUCGAAUGUAGUGUCGUUAUUAUGGCGGGAUCCAUUUCUAGUGGAGAGUGCGACAUUAAUCACGGUAUAUCUGGCAUUUCUAAACGAUUUCGAACGAGAAGAGCUUGCACAAGCCGGAGUAGUUGUUCCCGUAAUUCCAAUGCCGACUUUCGAAUACCCGGCGUUUUUGAAAUCGGUUGACUAUUGGAAUUUUGGAAAAUCAGUUCACGCUUGGUUGAAACGAGUUGAUGACUUAAUGGAAUCCACAAGAAAGGGGAAAGAGACUGAAACCCAAUUCUCGAUAGACUUAUUUCCAAAAAUUGCUCUGGCGAAGGAAGCUCGACCAUUCUUUAUGCGACAUCUCGGAAGUGGUGCAUUGACAUAUAGGUCGGCGAUUAAGCGAGCCAUCGUGAAAAUGUUAAUGCGAUUGGCACCGGCUGCCUCGAAAAUUGUAUUAAAAGACCCCGACGAUUUUUUCUUGCUCGGAGCGCAAGAAAUCGUGAAAUGGGGUCAACAGUUUCAAGAAUUAAGAAUAAUUUCAGGGCCAUUGGAACACGACAAGUAUCCAGUUCUUUGUGCUGGGUUUAAGAAUGCUGAACAUGUUUAUGUCGAAAUCAACUUUUAUCGACAAGAUUGGGCAAGAGAAGGAAAAUCGGAGAUGCGAAAGCUUACCAAUUUUAUAAAACUUUUGCGACGAUUGACCACUUUCCAAUUAAGAUUGCUAUCAAAUGACUGGAUUCCAACAGACAUAGAUCUUUUAUGUGGUGCAUUACCAAAAACAUUACGUCACCUGUCAUUCAAAUCGGUGAAUUUUACUGCAAUGUCAAGUCUCAAGUCAUUGACCAAACUCACCAACCUGGAAACUUUAGAAUUUGAUUGCCCGUCCGGACUUGAAGACCGUCUAGUGAGUCCACUGACGGCUGCAAAUUUUCCAAAUUUAAAGAAAAUUAUCUUACGUGGUGGCGAGAUUCCAAGUGAGAUGGGGUUAUGGGCUGUCCGUAUUAACAGUAGUUAG